AUGGCUACGAUCCCAGUUUAUAUGUUGCUGCUGGUAUUCAGCAGUCUUACCAUAGCAAAAGGGAUCGACGACAAAUCGAAAGUAUCAGAACUACUUCAGAAGGGAAUCAAAGAGGAAUCAUCAGUUAAAGGAGUGAAGAGAGGCAUUUUUUCUACUGGUGACUUCGGUUCUCCAUUAAGCCUCGGUUUAGGCGGAGGAAUUGGUUACAGUAGUGGAAUUAGCUAUGGCGGUGGAAUUAGUUCAAUAUCAGCUGGACCCGCUGUAUCUAUUUCAUCUGCACCAGCUGUAUCCAUUUCAUCUGCACCUGCUGUAUCUAUUUCAUCUGCACCCGCUGUAUCUGUUUCAUCUGGACCAGCUUUGGGUAUUACUUCUGGAAUAUCUGCCGGACCCGCAAUAGCAGUGGGGUCUGGAUACGGUAUUGGAUCUGGAUUAGCAAUUGGAUCUGGAUAUGGUGCUGGAUCUGGAAUAGCUAUUGGGUCAGCCGGCCCAGCAAUAGCAACAGGUAUUAGCGCUGGUCGAGUUAUUGGCGCUGGUGGAGCUAUUGGCCUUGGUGGAGCAAUUGGUGGUGGCUCAGGUAUAGCAAUCUCUGCUGGACCCGCUAUAGCCGCUGGAGGUGGAGGAGGUGUUCAAACAUCAGUCUCUGUUGAACCAAACCCUGUUAUUUUACGCCAAGAAGUACCAAGAUUCGUAACCAGAACGAUCGACCGCAACGUGCCAGUGCCUGUUCCAGUAUCGGUGCCCGUACCAGUUGAUAGACAAGUACCAGUUCCAGUACGAGUACCAUACCCAGUAACGGUAGAUCGACCAGUCCCCGUUGUUCACAGAGUGCCAGUGGAGGUUACGCGACAGGUCCCCGUGUAUUACGAGAAAAGAGUGCCAUAUCCAAUUAGAGUGCCAGUUUCGGUGCCUGUACCAUACCAAGUAACAGUAGAGAAGCAAGUUGCUGUUAACCGUCCAGUGUAUGUAGACCGUCAAGUGGCAGUACCGCAACCUGUUUACGUGGAUCGUGCAGUCAGAGUGCCAGUGCCCGUGCAAGUGGACAGGCCCGUACCCGUACCGCAGCCUGUGGUCGUAAACAGGCCCGUACCCGUACCUCAGCCCAUUGUUGUGGACAGGCCAGUUGCUGUAGGUGUAUCUUCGGGUCUUGCCUCAGGUAUUAGUUCUGGCAUAGGUAUUGGCUCAGGAGUAGGUUUGGGCUUGGGCUCAGGCGUGGGCUUGGGCUCAGGAGUGGGCCUGGCCUUGGGGUCAGGAGUGGGCUUGGGCUCAGGAGUGGGCUUGAGCUACGGCUCAGGAGCGGGCUUGAGCUACGGCUCAGGAAUUGGCUCAGGCUAUGCCGUCGGAAUAGGUUCUGGAAUCAGUUCGGGUCUCAGUUCAGGAAUUCGUAUUUCAUCAGGGCUUGGAUCAGGGUAUUCUCUAGGAUAUGGUUACGGUAAUGGUUACGGUUUGUCUGGUAUUUCUUCAGGCAUCGGUCACUCAAUUGGCGUAACCAAAUUGAUCUCCAGCUACCCAAGCACUAUUGUUCACCAUAGCCACUAG